UGUGCGCGCGCGCGUGCCCACAGUCGUGUGUGUGCGGACACGCAUGCUUGUUCAUCGAGGCAGAGUGCUUCCAUUAGAGGACGAGAGAUGCUCGAGGAAGCCGCGCUCGUUGGAUUCUUCAUCCGCGCGCAACAAGCGCGUCAUCAACAUUUCCCUACGGCCCUUGAGAAGCUGGGAGUAGGCUGGCAGAUGCACGACGACGGCAGGGCUCCCGGAGCAGAAUAGAGCGAGCGAGUCACAGGGAGAGAGAGCCACAGGCCAGUUCGAAGGCUCGCCGACGGCAACAGUGGGGAUCGUGAGGAAAGGCAAAAGAGGAGGUAGGAAGAGGAGGAGAAGGAGGAAGAGGGAGCAAGGGUAGAGGAGGAUUCAGGACGUGCUGGCAGGAUCAACGCCACCGAACGGCGGUACCACGAAGCAACGUCGUCGUCGCCAUCGCUGCCGCCACCGCCACCGCCACCGCCACCGCCACCGCCACCGCCGCAGCCGCAGCCGCCGACGCCGUCGCAGGCGUUGAGAGAGAGAGCACCCACCCGCCGAGGUAUCGCUCGCUCGCGCGCGUGAGACGGACGCGAAGUGAGUAGUAGAGCCACGACGACGGCGACGGCGUUUUGCUCCACGUCCAACGCGUGGCGGCACGUCCAGAAGAAGAGCUUCCUCGUCCUCCCGCCGCCUCACCCCCCGUCGCGCGUCGCUGUUCCCUUGGAACGAGUUAGCCCCGAGGGAGGAUAGUCACGUCGACGUGCGGACGACUCGCGGAUCCCGCCGCAUCGGGUCCUUCCGCCCAAGGGCCGAGGGUGCUAUAACUCACCGUGACCUUGUCCACGUAGUUUCACGUCGUAUCAUCUGCGACCACUACGAGAUCCACAUCGCGGAUGCACUCGCGGAGUACGCGGUAGCCCCAACACUUCCGGUGUGACACGCCGACCGACCGGCCGACCAAUUGAGCCCUCGCUGACGGGAAACUCUCGGGAUGAUUCGUGAGUGACGACAUUGACAGGGCGAGAAGACCAGAGCAAAGGAAGAAACAAAGAAGGAAACUCCAAUCAAACCUUACCUGCUGGAAAGCGCCACGUGGAUGCUGAGAUCACGUAGCAGAAGUGACGUCCAAGGGAUACCGCACGCGGAAAGCACGGUGCGGCUACGGAACAACCACACGUCAGAAGAGGUGGAGAAGUAUACGAUCCGCGGCAGCGUGUUAAAAGGGCCGACGCCAAGGAUAGCAACGGAGGAUCCAUCGAGGACACCUAUUCACGCGGCGAACGGUACUCCCUCCUAGGGAGGAGAACAGCUGGUGGGCGGCGUGCAGGGCGGAGGUACUUGCGAGAUAAGGGAGCGUGAUAAGCGCGCCGCGGUGGCGGGUGAGCUGGCUUGCCUCGCAGGCUACAUGGCGGGGUACCUGAGGGCGACAGGCUCGUCCUGCACCCCGACCGGAAGUCCUCAGUACCACCCCCACGCGCAUCCGAUGGGUGUCAGCAGCCAUCCUCAUCCUCAUCCUCACUCGCAUCCGGGCGCGCCGCAUCACGCUCUGCCGACAACGUUCGCCCUCGCUGCACACGGCCAUGCGCAACCCCAUCCGCUGGAGCAUACCUUGCCCGGGUACCCGCAAGGAAUGAAUCAACGCAAGCAGCGUCGCGAGAGGACUACCUUCACCAGAUCUCAGCUGGACGUGCUGGAGGGACUGUUCUCGAAAACGAGGUACCCGGACAUCUUUAUGCGAGAGGAGGUUGCUCUCAAGAUCAACUUGCCGGAAUCACGAGUCCAGGUCUGGUUUAAGAAUCGCCGAGCGAAAUGCAGACAGCAAAUGCAACAACAACAGACCCCACCCCCAUCCAAGGGUUCGCCCAGGGCGACUCAGAAUCACAGCAACAACAGCAAUGCGACCAACAGGGUGCCCACUAGCACGUCAACGACGACGUCCAGCAGACGAUCCCCACCAGACUCGCCGGCGCAAGGCAGAGAAGCGCCGGCGGCCGGCAGCUCGCCGCUGCUUACGACGUCGACGACGUAUCCGCGAAUGGGAACGACACCAACCGGCGGCAGCGCGGGCAACAGCAACCUGACGACACCGUCGCCGCCGUUGACGCCAGGCUCGGGCCUGCAGUCGUCAUCCUACACGACCCCGGUGAAUCAGAUCCACCACGGCGAGUACCAUCCGACUGGCUUCACCUGGACACCGGCCUCCGCCACAACCACGUCCGUGAAUCCGAGCCAAUACGCCGGGCAGAAUUAUAACGCCUAUCAGGCACCCUACAGCGGCGAAUACUAUCAGGCCCAGAUCUCGCAUAUGCAUCACAGUCCACAGACUAACUAUCAUCAUCACCACCCGCAAUACCAUCCGAACAUGACGCUGACCUCGUCCAUGUCGCACCUGACUAGUCACCAUGUGAACCCGGCCGGCAGCAACGAGAUCGUCGCCUCGUCAGCCGACGCCGAGGGUUACGUGCUGCCCGAUCAGAGAUACUCGACGAUGGCAUAGCGGUCCGCCGGCAGGUCCUCCGGGAUUUUUCACCGAAGUCAAGAGACCGCCACCGCGGCUGUGGCGAGCUCCUCGACGUCUUACCAUUGGCGGCUGAACGCGACGGAGAAUUGCGACGAGAUGAACGGCAAUCUGGACUCUGACGACAAUUGAUGUGACGGGCUACAGAGGCAAAGAGAGCUUCGUCGUCGAAAGGAUGACGACGAAAAUCGCGUGAAAGCACCGAAGACCUGAGGACCCUCUACGUCGGCACUUAUUAUUGUGGUCUUUAAAUACGAAUAUUUACAUUUUUAACGUAAAAGAUAUAUACUUAUAUUGAAUAUAUACACAUCAGGGUGUAUAAAAAAGGCCGAAAAUCUAAUGUAUUUUAUCAAAAAGAAAAAAGUUAAUACGAAUCUGCGAUGAAAAAUGAAGUUAUCACUCAAGAAAAUUGAUCUGGGCUUAAUUAGGCCUGAAUUUGAUCCCGGGUUCAAAAUCUAAUCCAUAUAGUCAGAAAAUUAUCCCGAACACGAAUCUGCAAAAAAUAAGAGUUUCCAUUAAAAAAAUCGACGGGCUGGCUUGGGCUCCAAAUGGACCCAGGCGUCAUCUACCACCUCUUCCUCCACAUAUAGGUAUAAAUAGAUAUCUCUAUUUAUUUAAUCUUGAGUAAAACUGCAGUUAUCGUCAUCUUACCAUAAAAACCUCGAUAACUUUAAAAUAGCUGAGCCAAAGUAGAUAAAAUUAUAGUUUUUUGUAAAAGUCUUAAAUAAGAUUAUAAGAACACAAUAAAAAAUAGAAGGUUCAAUUUAAAAAAAUUCAAAGUGACCUGACUUUGGCAACGCUAUUCAACGCCGUCAAAAUGAUAAAAUCAAUAAAUUAAUCUUAUUAAAUUCUACUACUGCUAUCUAAACCAUUUUUUCUACAAAAUUUAUAUUUUUCGAAAUAUAAGAGUUUCUGACUUUAUUAAACAUCCUAUUAUAUUUUCACAUAUUAUUUUUCAUUUUUAUUUUAUUUUAUUUUGUUAUUUUAUCUUAUGUUACUUAAAAAAAGGCAAUUGUGUAUCAGCUACAAAGCUGUUGUUGUGUUUUUUGGUAUAGAAAUGAGUAUAGUGUAUCUAACACUAAACGCGUCCUAUACCUUGAGUACAUGUAGAUUAAAUCAAAGUGAACACAAAUUUCCUGUAUUAUUUUGCAUUACACUAAAAAAGUAUUUUGCUGGUCCAACUAAAAUUCUAAAUAUCACCGUUAAAAUGUAUCGUUAUUUUUUGUUUUUGCUGGAAAACUGUCUGUGGUACGUAGAAUCAGCAGCAACAUUUUAGCAAAAUCUGCAGAAAAAUUUAAAUCUCAUUACUAAUUUUUAAUAAAAAAUAUGACUCUGGUUUUAAUUUGAAUAGACUUUAUAAAUGAAGAUUUUCUUACUAAAUUAGGCAAAUAACUCACAUAUAAAUUCUAUCUUUGUUACCUAUUGAAUAAAUACAAAACAUAUACGGUAUCGCAGUGUCUGUUAGUAACUUAUCUGUCUUAGUUCUUUAAUUUCUUAUAUCUAGAUAACUUUCGCUAUGACUGAAAGACCAUUUUUUUGAGUGUGAAUGUCAGAUUUGAGAUGAAAGAUACUCUCUUGCAUAUAUUAUAACAUCCUAUGCUGAAAGUAUAUUAUUCCAUGCUAAAAGUUUAAAUAUUCGUAUUUAAAGACCAGAGCAACGGGAAUGUCCAGGAGCGGGCACGUGUCCAGGAACUGGUACUUUUAUCUUACUCGUCGCAUGCACGCGCAUCGCGAAAUUAAUGCGAAUUCGCGCCACCACGCGUGAGUUAGCAAAAGGUGUAUCGUAUUGUUUAUCAGCGGAUCGCGCAAUUGUAUGAACAAUAUAGCUCGGGCGAAAUUUGUGGUCAAGAAUCGUAUUGUUUUAUCGUACGUCCUCCGUGAUUUGUAAAUUAUAAUUUAUGAAUAAUAAAAUGCGCUAUUCUUAUGUUUAUAUUUUAAACAUAUACAAGUAUGAAUUCAAACGUCACCGCUAGUACGAUGCAGUGUUCAAUGAUGUUGUUUUUUCUCCGAGAUUUCUGUACAUACUCAAGACGACUCUAUGGAUUCGUCUUUAGAAUUAUUCAAGUACUCUUUACAAUCUAGCAACGAAACUGAUCAUUUCCGAGUCUUCGAAGGAGUUUUAAUUAAUGAUAUAUCAGUGAAGACUUUAUGUUGCUUUCCCCAAAUACUCAAGUAUGUAAAUUGUAAAAUUGGUUGUAAACAAAGAAUGUAUUGCUGAAAGUCAAGGAAGACGAGUACCCACACCCAUCGGGUCGCCUAAUCCACGAUAAUUUCAUAUUCAUUUCAUUUAGAAACAAAGUAUUCACGUCUCACGUUAACACAUUCAGCUUCGCGCUUGCAUCAUUACAAACAAGAUAUUCGGACGUGAUUCGCUGAACUCUAUCAGAACACUAUCAGAACUCUAAUAUAGACAAUCUAUAAGAUUACUAAUCGGCAAUUAUGGAAAAGUAAUAUUUGCUGAAUUGAGCAUGUUCGUCAAUCAAUUGAAUAAAAUGAAAAAAUGAAAAUAAAAUAUAGUUGUUUAAACUUGUAUUUCCUACAAAAUAAAUAAUGUCUGAAGGCUUGAGAUCCAAACACUUGGUCUGUCUAAUUCGAAUUAAAAACACAAAUUCCCAAAAAUGUUAACUUUCAUUCUAAAUCUAUAAAAUAUUUCAACGCAAUUAGUGCAAUAUAUAUAAAAUGUAUAUUUUAUUUAAUUUUAUAUUUUAAUGCGAUUGUUUGUGUGUGUAUUUCCGGCACACCAAGUGUUUUUGGGUUUCGAACUUUCGGAUACUAUUUCUUCUGUAUAUUUGCUAAAUCGAGAGUAUGUUGGUGUCGAUAUCGUGAGUAUCGUUAAUCAUGUGUUUCUCAAUGGUGAACGAUGUUAUUUUACCGGAGAAAUUUUAUUUUUACAUGUCAAAUAUGUCCCUUUUGGAGAUAACCUCAAAACGCAAACAAGAAUGGCAAUAAGAAUCUAAAUUUUCUUUUGAACUUUCGCGAAGAGAAGUACAGUUACGGAGUAAUUAAAUCUAUCCUCGCAUAUGCGAAACUAAAGGAAACGUAUUUAUGAAAAUUAUCUUAAAUCUCUCAUACGAAAUUUAUGCGGCGGCAUUCGUGUUAAUCGUGCGUAUCAUACAUCGCGAUUUCUUUUAGGAUCUAGUUGGUAUAUUUUGUAUUUUUAAGAUUUUAAACACACGGAGAGAAACAAAGACUGAUUGAAUAAACAUGAAGAAUGAACGAGCCGUUGUAGUUGAGGACAACCGAAUUUUUGGUUCUUAUGAAUCAAGUUCAAUUCAAAGAACCAGACAUUCCGUUUCCUCCAAACAAAACGCGUUUCGUUCAUCGUCAUCACGUUGAUCCAAUCAGACUUCAUCGUCGUGAACGGACGUACUCAUCACUGCCGCCAUUAUCAUUAGUAUUAUCGUCAAAGUCUUUAUUAUUACGAUUAAUAUUGUAUUCAUAAUUAUCCAUAUCAAGUACGGUCAGUAGCCGGAAGAUUCUUGUAAAUAAAGACGAAAAAGUCACGGUCGUACGUGAACGGGGGGAAGGCAUGAAAGAAUCUCGCUUCAUAAUACGACACUCCCGAAUACAACGUGAAGUGAGAGUCGGCCUCGUUGUGAGGCCUUUGUAUAGUUGUAUAUUCUUUCAUAGUCGUUUGUUUCUAUAGCACUAUUUGCUUCGUUCGCAAGUGUGUGUGUGUGUGUGUGCAUGCGUGCGUGUGUGUGUAUGUGUGUGUAUGAAUGUGUGUGUAUGUGUGUGUAUGAAUGUGUGUGUGUGUGUGUGUGUGUGUGUGUGUGAGAGAGAAAGAGAGAGAGAGGCUUCGUUUUCCUUCGCGUAAUUAACUUAAUUAACGUAAAUGUGUCUGAGAAAAGAAAAAAAAGAUACGUGAAGAAAUGCCUACUUUAAUCGUGAGUGUAUAUUUCGUGUAUACUAUCUAAUGUAUAUUAUUAUCGUGAAGCUUAGAGUUUAUGCGAUUAUUAAAGGAUAAUAAAGAAAAAGGAUAUCACUAAGAUUAACAAUAGACAGAGAUCGAUAGAUCAUAAAGCCGUAAUGGAUAUUAUGUAAGCUCCUAGACCUAAGCUACUUUGUAAUAAUACGACGCGAAUGUGUACAUAACGUAUAUCUCUUGUAAAAUAUAUGAUUGUUCUAUUAUAUGCGAAGAGAAUCUUCCUACAUCGGGAUAAUAAAAUAUCGCAUA